UGCGGACUAGGCGACUCGUCAAUAGCAACUUUGGAGGUAUCUUGCUGAUUGUAUCGUGACAACAUUAUUCAUCAUGUCCUUAUUCCGGGGUAGCUCUUGCAUACGAUAUACGAUACAAAACAUGUGCCGCCCUUACAGAUGUCAUGUCAGAACAUUUUCUGUCGUCAAGAAGCCCAUUCUCUACGGAGACAUCGCGUCUCCGCCGGUGAGAUUUGCCAUGAUGACAGCCUCUGUACUGAACAUCGACUUGGACUUCCAUAAUAUCGAUUUAUUUAAAGCCGAAAAUAAGACGGACUCUUACAAAAAGAUUAACCCUCUGCAGAAGAUUCCGGCUUUAGCAGUGAAUGACGAUGUAAUUUGUGACAGCCACGCCAUAGCCUUAUACCUGUGCAGGAGUGCUGAGGAUUAUGAUCUAUAUCCUGACGAUGCAUCGCUAAAGGCCAAGAUAGACGAGCUGAUGUUUUUUAAUUCUAGCGUUUUGUUUCCGAUUGAUAGUUUCGUUUUUAGCGAAUUCUUCGUUGGAAAGUGGCCUGCAGACGAAAGUAAGCUGAACGAUUGGAAUAUCGCUCUAGAUUAUUUGGAUCUGAAGCUUAGAACACAAACGUGGCUUACAGGAGAUAAGAUGCGGCUGUGUGAUAUUUGCUGUGGUACUACACUGAGCUCCCUUGAAAUACUUAUUCCAGUUUCGGAUCGACACCCAAAUGUAAAAAGAUGGCUGGACAACUUAAAAGCUCUUCCCUGUUUCGAAAUCAAUAGUAGGGGUUUAAAACGCCUGCAAGAUUUUGUCAAAUUAAUUGGAAAAAAAUAAUGCAUUGUUCAAAUUGUCGAUAACUUUAAAUAAAACAUCUGAAUGUGUUUUAAUUAUUCGCCUCUAUUGGAUGCAAGUUAUUUGUAUUAACAGGUAGUUCAUAAAAUUAUUUUCGUUUUU